ACCAGGUUUCAUCCAGAAGGAAUAAAAAAAACAGCAAGAAACGUUUCGAACAAGGGCCUGCUCUCAAUCUCAGAUUCUCAAUAGAAAAUUUCUGCCUUGUUGUGGGGAAUUGAGAAGGAGUUCAAGGAUGGAAGGGUAGAGUAGAAGGGACGGAGAUAUAGAGAGCGAUGUUGAAUCGGAGGAGAGCGAUGACGUGGUCGAGGGUUGGGAAGUCGGCGCAGGGUGUGGCGGCGCAUGGGUUGCUUUUUUGCUUCACAAUCUUGCUUGCUCUUAAGCUUGAUGAUCGGGUUUCGUACUCCUGGUGGAUAAUUUUUGUCCCCUUAUGGCUAUUUCACACUGUUGUUGCACGUGGCCGAUUCUCUUUACCUGCUCCAUCUAUCCCCCAUGAUCGGCAUUGGGCUCCUUGCCAUUCUAUUGUUGCAACACCAUUGCUUGUUUCAUUUGAACUACUCCUUUGUAUCUAUCUCGAGAGCAUUGGUGCUCAUAAAAAUCCUGCCAUAAGCUUAAAGAUUGUUUUCCUUCCGCUUUUGGCCUUUGAAAUCAUCAUUCUUAUUGACAAUUUCAGAAUGUGUAGAGCCUUAAUGCCAGGAGAUGAAGAAAGCAUGAGUGAUGAAGCUAUAUGGGAAACACUUCCUCACUUUUGGGUUGCAAUUUCUAUGGUAUUCCUGGUCGCUGCUACAUCAUUCACCCUUCUUAAGUUGUGCGGGAGCAGCGCCUUGUAUUUCAACUUUCUCUGGGCCAACAAUUUAAGCACUGCGGGGUACCUGACCCUUUUCCAAGGUGAUGUAGGCGCGUUGGGCUGGUGGGAUCUAUUCAUAAAUUUUGGAAUUGCGGAAUGUUUUGCUUUUCUAGUUUGUACAAAGUGGUCCAAUCCAAUGAUCCAUCGGCCAUCUCAAGAUGUUGAACCAAGUUCAUCCUCUUCGUCAAUUAGAUAUCGUGAAUGGAAUAGCGGUCUGUUGUUCUCCUCAAUGGAAGAUCAUGAUCAAGACAGGUUGUGUAGCAUUCAAGACAUAGGGGGCCACAUAAUGAAAAUACCUCUCUUAGCUUUCCAAAUCUUGCUUUGCAUGCGCUUAGAGGGAACACCAUCUAGUGCUCGGCAUAUUCCAAUACUUGCUCUGUUCUCGCCACUAUUUCUUCUGCAAGGUGCUGGUGUCAUAUUCACUAUUUCACGUUUGGUGGAGAAGCUUGUCCUUUUAUCACGCAGUGGCUCCUUCACUGGACGUUAUUUGACAAUUUCAUCAAGAACACGUGAUUGCUUUGCAUUUCUACAUCAUGGAUCUAGAUUACUUGGUUGGUGGUCUAUUGAUGAAGGAAGCAAAGAGGAACAAGCUCGGCUAUAUUAUGAUGAUGCUACUGGGUAUAACACUUUCUGUGGUUACCCACCUGAGGUUGUGAAGAAAAUGCCCAAGAAGGACCUAGCUGAGGAGGUAUGGAGACUACAAGCAGCUCUUGGAGAACAAACUGAAAUUACAAAGUACAGUCAGCAAGAAUAUGAAAGGCUUCAAAAUGAAAAAAUACUAUGCCGUGUAUGUUUCGAAGGGGAAAUAUGCAUGGUCUUACUUCCUUGCCGACACCGCACCCUUUGCAAGAACUGCUCUGAGAAGUGUAAAAAGUGCCCCAUUUGCCGUGUCUCGAUUGAAGAGCGCAUGCCAGUUUAUGAUGUAUAACUUGCUUGUUAAAGGACUGAUCAUCACCGAAACAGAAAGAUAUUGUACAGGCUGAACUAAUGUCUUAUAUAUUGACCGUGUUCUUCCCAUUGUACAAAGCCCUGAGUAGGAAGUUCUGAGCUUAUGUCUCACCAAUGUUUAGCUGUGACGAGAAGCCAGACUAUUGACGCUGUAGGAGCCAGUUAAAGUUGAUUGCAGAUAAUCUGGAACCAAACAGAAUCUUUGUUUUUUUUUUUUUUUUGUUUCUUGUCAAUUCUGUUAUUUUGUCAGAUUUGAUUUAUUUUUGUUACAGCAUUGUUAAACCUGUGGAGUUAUGAUGAACCAGCAAAUGCCUGAGAUGUGACUUAUGGAUUACCUGGGAUGGCAAAUUUGCUAAGCUUGUAAAAUAAUUAUAUUUCAACAGUUUUCUCUUUGUCAAACUUAA